GAGACCAUUCUACAAGCCUUGUUCUUAAUUGUCAAAAAGUCAGUCUCCAUCUUCCGGAAAAUACCAUGUCGCAAGUUCAGACUCUUUUCCUUGAGGCUCAGCUAAUCUCGGCUAUUUCAGUCGUGCCUCCGAGGGAAGAUACGAAUACCUCACCGCCACUAGAUCAUCAACGACAUCAAGAAGCACAAGAUGCCUCUAUUGGAGGUGAACUGGGAACAGCUCCCUCUCAACUCGUCUUCGAGGCAGCAACAGUGGCCCAGGUUACUCAGACUCGUAAGCUGUCAAUUAUCGUAUUGCUUGUCAUGGCAAAUGUCGUCCAGAUGACCGUGAACUUUGCCGGGGUUGCCGGCGGAAGCACUCUCGUUGAUGCGAUGGGAGCAGAGUUGGCUUAUGGCUCAUGGAUAGCUGCCAGUUAUGCAUUGACUCAAGGGACAUUUGUGCUCCCGAGCGGUCGGCUAGGUGACGUCUACGGUUAUAGAUUGCUGGUGCUGCUCGGCGGCUCAUGGUUGUCUGUAUGCACGCUGGCUUGUGGUUUCUGCUCUAAUAUCUUUGCUUUUCUUACGUUGAGGGCGCUGUCUGGCCUGGGGGGUGCUUUUAUUAUGCCCAAUGCCGUGGCAAUGAUUUCGAGUACCAUUCCUCCAGGUCGUGCACGCAAUCUCAGUUUGGGAAUCUUUGGGGCCUCGGCUCCCAUAGGAGGAUAUCUCGGGGCACUGUUCCUCGGUGCUUUCCUGGAGAAAACGGAAUAUAAAUGGUUUUUUGUCUUCCUAUCCUUCAUGGGUUUCGCUGUCUUUCUUUCUCUGGGAAUCUUGAGCCCUUCAGAGAAGCCGGUUGACCGGGGUGGAAAAAUUGAUUAUAUUGGAUCGGCAUUGGGGACAAGUUCAUUAAUCAUUUUUAACUUUGUCUGGAAUCAAGCCCCCAGAGUUGGUUGGUCGACUCCCUAUGAGAUCGUUCUUCUAAUUCUGUCUAUGGUCCUAUUCGGUGCUUUUAUCAUUUGGGAAAAGGAAUAUACUGCUUUUCCCAUGAUGCCUCUCGACAUAUUUAAGGCUCCUUCAUUUGCUGUUCUCCUUAUAGUCGUCCUCUUCAAUUACAUGGCUGUGGGCACUUUAAUUUGGUACCAAGUUCUUUGGCUGCAAACCGUCUGGCAUUGGUCUCCUUUGAAGUUUGCUGUUGGCUGGACUCCAUUCGUUGUCUGCGCCGUGGGCGCCACAUAUCUUGCAGCCUGGAUGAUUCCCCGUAUGGCAGCGCAAUGGAUUCUCGCAAUUGGUACCAUUACGAUAUUGAUCUCCAAUGCGCUAAUGGCAACCGUGCCGCUACAUCAAUCUUACUGGGCUCAAAUCUUUCCGUCGGUGGUUCUCUUCUCCUUUUGUCCAGAUCUUGUAUAUACUGCCGGGCAAAUUAUUGCCAGUAACUCUGUUCGCCGAAACCAGCAGGGUAUCGCCGGCUCGCUCAUCGGUACGCUUAAUCUGUAUGGGAACAGUUUGGGACUGGGCUUUGCCUCUACGAUUGAGAUUCAAAUUGCGCAGCGUUCUGGUAGCGCUAUUGCGGGAUAUAGAGCGGCGCUCUACUUUGGUGUUGCAAUCAGUGCAGUCGCUCUCGUGCUGGAUAUAAUUUUUGUUCGAAGAGUGAAGGAUGAUCAUGAGGGCUGGCGCGAGGAGGACCGCGAAUUAUCGGAUCAGUUCGAGCUGACUGAACGUGGUGAGACCACAGGGGUUUAUCGACGCAAUGCAGUUGAGACAACCCAGCACAGUAGUUCUUGA